ACUUUAUGAUUUUAGCGAAAUUUCUCACGCAACCAUUGUUAAUACGGUGCAACGUAAAAAUUGUCAACAAAUUAAAGAAAAUGAUAAACAAACAACUGCCAUAUAGUAUAUACAUAUAUGCGUAAAAUAAAUAAUAAAUUGUGUGUAAUUUGCAGAAAAGUAUAUUUUAACUACAACACGGUGACACUAUUAUUUAUUGAGCAUGACUGGCCAUCGAGCAUUGGAAGACUCGGACAUGGCAUUAAUUGAACGCGUGAAAAUGACACCAUCACUGUACGAUCCAAGAAACCUAGAUUUCCGUCUCGCCUAUCGUAAAGAGCAAGAGUGGGAGGUUGUUGGUGCCAUGAUAGGGAUGACAGCAACAGAGGCAAGACGACGUUGGACUUGCCUGCGCGAUCGGUAUUCACGUGAGCUAAAACAACUCCGUUUGCAUCCGGAGAAGAAUGAGUAUGGUAAUAGUCCUUUUUUCCGCCAAAUGGAUUUCCUACGCAAAUUUGUGCGAAAGCGAAGAAAUCGUCGACGCAAUGGAUAUGUUGAAUAUGAAUAUCAAAGUACUGAAGAACAAAAGGUAAACAAAGAUGGGCAAAAUAUGCAUAAAAACGACGAAGAAGAGGACUACAGUUUAGAAAACUAUGAUGAACAAUCCGAAAAUUACGAUGGCAAAAUUGAUGAAAACACCAUGGAAUCGGAUUAUCCUGAAUUUGUUGAUGUGGACGCAGGUGAAGAUGUUUAUGAGGAGUGUGUAGAAACGCCUAUUACUGAAACAAACGCAAAACAACAUUCACUUAAUCACACCAGUAUCGAAGUUAACUCAAAACAAAUGAUUGCACCGACUAUAUCAACAGCUGCGCAGCCUCAAAAUACAAACCGUGCAAUACACACGCUUUCCAAAAAUCAAUUACAACAGCAAGUGGUGAUAAAGACAACCCCAGCUGCUGCAUUGCAAGCAACUCAAUAUAAACAAACGCGUAAUUUAUAUGCUAACUCACAAGCAAGACCUCAACAACCAAAUUUUCAAAACCAGUUAGACACCAAUGUGUAUUCAAAUAUGACAGUUCCGGAAACGGAAGAUGAUCUUUUCGGUAAAUCAAUAGCCGUGUACUUAAAGCAAUUGUCCCGUCGUCACAAAAUUAAAGCACAAGUCGAAAUGUUUCAAAUACUGGAAAAGUACAUUGAACUAGAAGAGAGUGAAAAAGUACGAAUAUCAGUAAAAGCAACGAAUAUUAACAAUGGCUAGAAUCCAUUAGGCAGUUACAUUAUUUUUCUUUGAUUAAAUCUGAAAUAUAUAUGCGUGUGCACUUCCAUUGCACACAAGCAACUUAA